AUGGGAAAGAGCUUCUGGGGCCACUACUGUCAAAGUAACAGUGACCAUCUUGACCUGCAGUCCUAUGUGAAACAAUGCAAUUCCAUCUGGGUGGAGAAAGGCAGCUGAAUGAUUUAUGAAAGCUCCAAUUACUCAGGACACCAGUAGUUUUUAAAAAGGGGAGACUAUCCUGAUUCCCAGAACUGGUUCAGUCUGCAACUCCAUCAGGUCUUGUCAUGUAAUCCUACAAGUUUAAGGCCAGAGGAGCUCCAAGGCCAAACAUUGGAGCUCACUGAUGAUUGUCCAUCAGUCCAUAUCCCUGAGAUCUACUCCCUCAAUGUUUUAGAUGGCUCUUGGAUCUUCUGGGUUUUCUAUGAACAGCCACACUUCCAAGGACAGUGGUACCUCCUGAGGCCUGGUGAGUACAGGCAAUUCACCAACUGAGGUGUCAUGACUGCCAAAGUUGGAUCCUUCCAACCAACAGCAGAUAUUUCCCAACCAGCAUUUUCCUAA